AUGACAAGUUACUUUCCUGCUGGGGCCAGCAAUGGCUCGUCGCCGGCAUCAACCCCGCUGUCUCCGCCACCCUCCCAACGCUCUACGGCAUUGUCGAAUCGCCUGACCUCCGUGCUCUCGGCGUCGUAUGCCGACUCCGAUAUCCGCGAUGCUCUGGAAACAUUGAGUGUACGGGGGAUCCAUAAUACUGCCGAGACAAGACGUCAGCUACGCUUGGAUGUACAAAAGGAGGUCGUGGAUAGCAACGCGGAGAUUGUGAGAGACUUUGGGAAUGUAGCGGAGCAAUUGAAACGAAUUGGAAGCGUGAUAUCAGCCCUCAAUCAGACAUGUGACGAAAUGCGCAAGCAUAUUGGCCAGGCCAAGCAGGAAACGGCGCCAGUGUUGGAAGAAGCCACUGCGUUGAUGGACCAGAAGAAAGGCACCGAGACGAAACAACGGUUACUCGAUGCUUUCUCGAAACACUUCCUGGUGCCAGAAGAGGACCUCAUGGCUCUUACAGCAGCAGAAGAGCCUAUUGAUGAUCGCUUCUUUGAGGUACUUGCCCGCGUCAAACAAGUGCAUCAUGAUUGCGAGCUACUUCUCGGCGGCGAAAACCAACGACUGGGCUUGGAGGUAAUGGAACUGAGCUCCCGACAUCUCAACACCGCGUAUCAAAAACUAUACCGGUGGAUCCAGAAGGAAUUCCAAUCCUUGAACCUUGAGGAUCCACGGAUCAGCAGCUCGAUCCGCCGCGCAUUGCGGGUGUUGGCAGAGAAGCCAAGUCUGUUCCACAGCUGUCUUGACUUCUUCGCGGAGGCCCGCGAUUACGUUCUUUCUGAUUCGUUCCAUUAUGCGCUGACAGAUGCCAUAUCUGGUGCUACUGGAGCCGGAGCAGGGGGUGAUCGCACCGUCAAGCCGAUCGAAUUCUCGGCGCAUGACCCGUUGCGAUAUGUGGGUGAUAUGCUUGCAUGGGUACAUUCCACAACGGUAUCGGAGAGAGAGGCUUUGGAAGCUCUUUUCGUCGCUGAUGGAGAAGAGCUCGCGCGAGGCAUCCAGGCCGGACUGAGCAGCGAACCGUGGUCACGGAUCGACGAGGAGGAAGAGGUCACCUUUGAUGGUCGAAAGGCCCUCAGUGAUCUAGUUAAUCGCGAUCUAACAGGUGUCUCCCGUUCUCUUCGGCAGAGAGUCGAGCUCGUGAUCCAGGGACACGACGAUCCUGUGACCUGCUAUAAAGUGGUCAAUCUGCUCUCCUUCUACCGUACGACUUUUGCCAAACUGGUUGGCCCGCAAUCGAACCUGGUCGACUUGAUGCAAAUUUUGGAGAAAUUCACCUUUGGUCAUUUCGAGACCUUGAUGCGCGAUCAGUCUAGCGCCCUGUCAACCGAUCAAGUUGCCCUUGCUCCACCAGAUGACCUGUCGCCACCCGAGUUCCUGCUGGACGCCCUCGAAAGCUUACUAUCUCUCAUGAAAUCUUACGAAGCAUCAGUGGGCGUGGAGGACCCAUCUGACACCGACAACGAGAAUUCAUUCACCCCCGUGCUCCGCGCUGCCUUUGAUCCAUUCCUGACGCUAGCUCGUUCAUCAUCAGAUGAGCUCAAAGAUACUACCGCGCAAACCAUCUACCGCACCAAUAUCCUUCUUGCAGCGCGUGCGACUGUCCAGCCAUUCUCUUUUGCCAGUGCAACACACAUCGCACCUCUCUCCACUGCCCUGUCCACACUUCGCACAAACCUUCUCGACAUUCAGCACCAGUUCCUUCUAGAGACCUCUGGGUUACAGACGCUUCUGGAAGCCCUGGAGCCAUUCUCUAAGACGGCUAAGGAUGAGGAGACAGUUGAACAGUCUGAGAAGCCCGAUCACCAGAAGCCCCAGCUUGCAGAUCUCGCCAGCCUCGCUGCCUUCCAACCUGAAUCCCUGGUUGCAUCGAGUCAACAGUUGGAUGACUUCCUCCCAUCAGCUCUCAUGGAUGCCACCGAUAACCUCAAGCGUGUGCAAAGCGCGUCCCUCGUUCAAAGUGUAACCGAAGAUGCCGUUGAGGCAUUUUGUCGCGAUUUCGAGUUCGUGGAAGGCAUGAUCAUCGCCGCUGACGAAGCGCGGGGAAUGACGCAGGUCAGUCUGGGAACCGGAGGCAGCGUCAUCAGUGGUCGCAGUGGAAGAUCUUCGAGGAGGCCGGGGGUGGCAGAGGACCGUGACGAGGAUGAGGAUGAGAAAGAGGAUCAGUGGAGUCUGCGGUCGUUGUUCCCUCGGACGACUGGAGAAAUCCGGGUGUUGUUGAGUUGA